AUGUCUUCCUUGGACAUUGCUAUAGCUAUGUUCCUCAAUCCAGGUGAUACCAUCCUUGUGGAAGAGUACACUUUCCUGGCGAUGAUUGAUGCCUGCGUUGCCGCCGGGUUGCGCUUGGUACCCGUACCCUGCGACAACGGCGGGCUCUGUCCCGAAAGUCUUCGGCGCAUACUACGAGCGGAGCGAAGUGCAGGAAGAGUUCCAAAGGUCCUGUAUACCGUCCCGGUGGGGCAGAAUCCCCUUGGCACGCGACUUCCUGAAGAUCGUUAUCAGCCAAUCUACGACAUGUGCGCAGAGCAUGGAGUCUUCAUUCUGGAGGAUGACGCAUAUUUCUACCAGCAGCACAAUGCGCAUGAUGACCUGGCAGAUGAUGAUGAGCUUGCUGUGGGCGGCCUGGAGAAGCUGGGGACCACUUUUGUCUCCAUCGACCGCCAAGGGCUUGUGUUUCGCUUGGACUCCUUCGCGAAGAUGCUCGCUCCCGGCUUUCGACUGGGUUGGGUAACCGGGCCCAGGCGGCUCAUUGAGGCCUAUGAGAAGCUGUGCUACGUCUCCACCCAGCAGGGUAGCUCCUUUGCCAUGGUUUGCUUAGCCUCGCUGCUAGCGCAGUGGGGGAAAUCUGGGCUUCAGGCACAACUGCAGCGCCUCCAGCUGGGCUUGCGACGGCGAUGCCGGGCGCUGCUGCGUGCCUGUGAGGAGCACCUCUCAGACUUAGCCACAUGGACCAAUCCGCAAGCUGGCAUGUUUCUAUGGCUGAAGAUGACGCAUCCGGCGGCCUUUUCCAACGAGUCUCUCCUGGAAAGCAUGAGACGGAAUGGCGUCGUUGCCAUGCCAGGUUCCUUCUGUUCGCCGGAUUCCAAAGGGGCGUUCUUCCUGCUGAUAGGUGCCAUUCCGGUAAUUGUACCAAAGGGGACAUGGCACGUGGUAGAUUUCAUGAUCGAUUAUGGCAUCUAUGACAGCAGCGUCUGUUGCUUUAUCAUCUUCAACCUCGGUCGCACGUUUGGAGCAGCGUUCGCUCUAGUGAACUCGGGAUUUCGAGGCACCCUGGCAGCAGCUGUCAUGGGCUGGAGUCUCUACACAAUUUGGCCUACUGGGUAUAUGAAAGAUUCGGAGGACCUGGAUUUCUGGCUCAUUGUGGCUAUUGGCGUCACCUAUGUCUGUGUCGUGAUGCUUCUGAAGCUGGACCUGUCAUUCCAGAUGUUUGCCAUCUCUAAUUUCGCAGGAAUAUGGAUGGAUAUCUUAAAUCCUGACAAGCAAGCCACGAUAACACCACCCUGGGCAGGCAACUGGUCCUUGCACACAGACACCCUCUUGCAACAAUUGAUUCGAACUAUCUUGGGCUUCCUGACAGUGACUGUUGCCCUGCUCCUUCCGUAUCCACUUGGGUCUCUAGUGUCCGUCCAAGAGAACCAGCUUAUGAUGAACACCCGGCUCAGAACGAUCUUGCGCAUGAUGGUCAAGUUCUAUUGCCAGGAUGUGCCGAAUGAGUCUGAGAAGGGAGAAGUCUUGAAUCACUUGAGAAGCAUGAAGUCCAAUCCCGCUGAGACUGAUCGCCUCAUUGCAGAAGCAUGGUGGGAGUGUUUCGGAUUCGGAAGGACGCAGUUGAAGCGGCAGGUACUCUUUGCUACGUGCCAGACGACUAGGAAGAUUCACCUCCUCGCCUUCAAUGCUUGGACCGUCUCUUCAGAGCAAGCCAGGAAAGGAAAAGACGUCGAGCUCAUGAGAUUGGUACAGGAAAAGACAGAAAACGUGCUGGAAGGCAUGGAGCAGAUGCUGAAUCUGCUCGUCAAGGCUGCAGAGGAUGGCAAGCUGGAUCCCCGUGAGACGGUAGCCGUGAGGAGCUGCAAGCAGAAGUUGGAGCGAUUGGAGCAAGAGCUCUCCAUCCACUUCCAUGCCAAGAGGCUGGAAGUGGCCCAAAGCACGCAGAAGUCUGGAAAGCUCGCUGAAGCUAUGUUUCAAGAACUGCGCAUAGCUCAGGUGCUACAGUGGAGUAUCAGCCGCAUCGUCGGAGAGGUCAUCCAGCUGGCGGAUGGGGUUUCCAAGUUCUCCAGCGGCGAGGCCUCACUUCCCCCGCCUCCAAAUCCUGGUGGCUUCCUAGCUAUCUUUGAAGGUGUGGGGGACAAGGAACAUCUUCUCUACGCUUGGCGAGGUAUCAGCUCUUAUCUCCUGUGCUUCACGCUCGGAUAUUUCGGCUUCCGACAGAUCGUUCCACCGCAUUCCGCAGCAAUUGCAGCCACUGCCCCAUUGCUCCUGUCCAUGUACGUUGGCUCCGCCUUAGUGAAGGAUUUAAAUCGGAUCCAAGGCUUGAUGAUCGGGAACGCGACUAAAAGCUAUGAUCUAGGAUUGGUCGACGAUUGUGACCCGGCAGACUUGGCAAUCCAUGCCGUCAUUACAUUCACCUGGGUCUUUACAGGCCUCUUCGUGUACUUUCACUCGCGCGCAUACUCCACUGUUGGUGUACUCGCGGCCGCUUUUGGGGCCUACACCCUACUGGGGCACAGCUGCAACCAACUGGACUCUGAAAAUGUUGGCAAACGCACGACUUUCGAUGCCAUGGCUAUGAACUGCAUUGCCGUCAUGAUUACGUUUUGCGUGGAUUUCUUUUUUCAAGCAGACCGUGCCUCUGAUCUGGCUUACAACUUGCUGGACCAAUGCUGGCAGGAGAUCCAUGACUCAUUGGCUGGCAUGUUCGAUCCGCAGGUCAAUGUCGUGGCUUUCCGCUCCGCUCGUGCCAAAGAGCUUCUGAUGUCCGCAACGCAGAUGGGGGAGGAAGCCAACCUCGAGCCACGCUUCUGGCGUACCAUUUGGCACCACGAGUUGUUCACAGGUGUCUGCCGUGCCACGGAUGCUUUAAUAGUGGCCACGGCGGCCUUGGAGUCGGCGAUUGCAGAGCAUGGCUGCAAUGAGGAAACAGCUCAGAAGUUUGGAGAAGAAGACGCGGUGGACAACAACAACGGCAACAACGUCGUCUUACGCGAUGAUCAGGAAGAGUUCCUCAAGCACACCGUCCCAAAAUUCUUUGGCUUGCCAAACGACAAGCCAGAGGAUAAAAUGUCGAAAGACAAAAUGGUCAAGCAGUACCUUUUCUUCGCUUGUCGUUCGUCACUCCUGAAGACAGCUAUCCAGAAGGGGCUCGGCGAUUGCGGAGUGAGACAGAUUCAGUCGAGGCAUACCCAGGCAGCUAGCUGUCUCCGGUCAGCGGCUGUCUUGGGGCACGAGAUGUCCCAAGAGGCCUGGGAAGAAAGCCAGAUGCUGACCAUGCAGGUGGCCCACCUGGUACCUGGUGCCCUGGCGGUACCUCUACGCCACAAGGCCAGCACCUUCUUCCACAGCGAGACGCUCCUGCAGGACGCCCUUCCGCGGCGGCGCGUGCUGCGUACAGAAGGCUUCGGCGGAUGGUUCCCAAAUCCAGAUGAGAAGCGGGUGAAUCCUCCGGAGGGUCAAGAGGCCAUGGAAAUCCAGGAGGCUGAGAAGGAGGAGGAGCACGAAGAGGAUCCUUUGUCCGAAGCCCUGCAAGAUGCCGGCGACGCAGUGAGCGCAGAUGCGGAAAAGGCAUUUGACAAGAUGAAGGCCGAUGCGGCCAAUUCCCUGGAAGCAAGCAAAGAUGACGGCGCCGGGAAAGCUGCUGUUGAGGCCGCGAAGGAGGAGGAGGACACUGGCGACCCCCCGGAUGCGGAUGACAAAUUGCCUGGGCCCUUCUACACCAGGGCUUGGUUCCUUGGUUUGGCGCUGACGGCCUUUGUCGGGGUGACCUCUUACACUGUCUGGCAAGUUAGCCAAGUUGCUGGCUCCAAAGGCCCAGAGCCAGAGGACGAGAUUGAGCGAACCUACGCAAAUGACCCCCGAGCACCAGUGGCCUCAGAAGGCGCGGCUGGCAAAGGAAAAGGAAAAGCCGGCCAG